AUGAAGCCGCGUUGGCUGAUAAAGAUAUUCGACAGAAUUAAAGAUGUUAUGGACAAGAACAAGACACUGGAUGAUGUGGCACUGAUAAAAGACUACUGGCAGAACAAAAUCUCUGAAAAGUACCUGAGCAGCGGGGACUUGACGGAUGACACCACUUUACCCACAUCUCAGGAACCAAUACCUCAAGGAUCUCAUGUAAUAAUGGAUAGUGACUACCAAUCUUCUUUGUCAGACGAGCUUUCUGUCAAAAAGAAAGAGCGAGCCAGGGUACUGAUACAGCACGAUCAGUGGCUUUACGUCCGUGACGAGCAGGGUCAAGAGGGAUUCGUACCGCUGAACAUGUGCCAUAAAGAAUCUAAUGUCAGCAUUGAGGUGACGCAGUGUAAAGCCAUCUCAAAACCCUCAAGUGUAUCCUCCUGCAAAAGAGACUCGAUAAAUCCUGCACUCUCAGAGAAUCUAGCAGUUCCGAGUACAAGUGAAAAGUCCCUGCUCCUGGAUGACAGACCCAAGAUCAGACCCACCACCUCCUCACUUUGCGACAGCGGCUGUCCCAGCGACUCUGAGAGCGACUGUUUCCCGCUGACCGGGGAGUUGACGGAUAGGGACAGAUUGGGGGAGCUUGAGAAACUCCUCUCUCAGCUCUGUACUGAAGGAAACUUCUACGAGGCUGCCAGAUCUCUCGACAAUUUCAGCAAGCAGUUAAACAUCAGGAAGUCCUGUGCCAAGUUCAUUGCAGAGAGCUCCGAUGAAGUCAAUACGGAGACCGGCCAGCUUCUAGUGGAACUAGGUCGAGUGGGAAACUGCGCUCUAGUUUGUACUGACAAGGGAGAAAGGGGCUAUCUUCCAACAAGUUAUUUGUUAACAGAUACAAAGAAAAUCGCAUGUUUCUCAAUGGAGAAGACAAUAUUCCAAUCUCAAUCUAUGGAGAACGUACAACACGACCAGAGAUUCAAAGGGAUACUAGGAGGUCACAUAACCACGACAAUUUGUCCGUCAUCACCGAGACAGCCCUGUGUUUCUGCUUCAUCGCUAUACGACAUCAAACGGAAGAUACACCGGAGCUACAAGAUUCGGAAACAUGAUAACAUGAGUCAGAGGUUCUCCAAGAUACGGAACUUUACAAUCGGCACUCCUAGAGAUAACAGAGUCAAAUUAUUCAAAAGAAAUCUCACGAAUUGCAUUGCUCUGAUAGUGAUAGAUAACUAUACUGUGGGUAGCGGCUCACGGCAGUUCACCAUGAUAAAGGGGGACACACUGAUAACCACCGACUCCAAUAUCUCCUCCAAGACCUGGAUAUGGGUACACACGACGGGAGUGGUCAAGUGGCAGGGCUUCGUACCACGCGUCAACGUGAAGAAGAUAUCAGCAUCAAGUGUCUGACCACGUUAUAUGGAAUUAACGUGAUUAUUGUCACGUGCACAUCAUAGCAGUAAAGAUUACUUCCACAGUUGUUUCAGGGGACAAACAGUCUUAGUCUGAGUCCAAGAAAAUAACUUGAAUUCGAUCAGGAAACAAAAAAUAUAUUUCAUAUUUGAACUGUGAAUUAUGAAGCAGAAUCUUGUUACCUAGCAACGCCUGCAAGGUUGGAGUCUAUACGUAUAGGACCUACAAGUCUUAGCUUUAAUGGUAUGGGUUAGUGUUAGUUUUAGUAAUAGAUUUAAUAGAAGCUUCAUGUCAGAAUUCGCGUGAUAUUGUGUCCAGAGGUUUUAAAUUGAGGAACACACUUGAUUGUGUUAGAAUGUUACAUUUGACCUACUAUACAGUGCGACCGAAAUCGGCAUGAAUUAUGAACUUGAGCUUUUAUAAUGGCUUGAAAUAAAUGAACAGUUUCAAUGUUUACCAUUGAAAUUAUGAGAUGAAGUGUUUUUAGAGAACCUAAAAACUUUUACUUGUGUUCGGUAAAAUAUUUGUUUUAUCGUUUGCAUAUCUGUAAUCUGUAUUUACUCUUUUGAU